CUGGCGGACCGCGGUCCCGGGAGCUGCGGGCGCGCACGGCGGGGCGAUGGCGGAGGCGGUGGAGCGCACCGACGAGCUGGUCCGGGAGUACCUGCUCUUCCGCGGCUUCACACACACCCUGCGGCAGCUGGACGCCGAGAUCAAGGCGGACAAGGAGAAAGGGUUCCGGGUGGACAAGAUUGUGGACCAGCUACAGCAGUUAAUGCAGCUCUAUGACUUGGCUGCCCUUCGGGAUUACUGGAGCUACCUGGAGCGAAGGCUCUUCAGCCGCUUGGAAGAUAUCUAUAGACCCACCAUCAACAAGCUGAAAACCAGCCUCUUCCGCUUUUAUCUUGUCUAUACAAUCCAGACCAACAGAAAUGACAAAGCUCAGGAGUUUUUUGCUAAGCAGGCCACAGAGCUCCAGAACCAGGCCGAGUGGAAAGAUUGGUUUGUCUUGCCCUUCCUGCCGUCUCCGGACACCAACCCCACUUUUGCUACCUACUUUUCUCGACAGUGGGCAGACACCUUCAUUGUGUCCCUGCACAACUUCCUGAGUGUCCUGUUUCAAUGCAUGCCGGUUCCCGUGAUCCUGAACUUUGAUGCAGAGUUCCAGAGGACCAGUCAGGUUCAAGAAGAAAAUGAAGUCCUGCGUCAGAAGCUGUUUGCAUUGCAAGCGGAAGUCCAUCGACUGAAGAAGGAGGAACAGCAGCCUGAAGAGGAAGAGACCGUGGUCCAACACAAAUUGCCUCCUUAUGUCUCCAGUAUGGACCGCCUUGGGGACUCCGAGCUAGCCAUGGUAUGCAGCCAGAGAACCACCUCGCUCUCCCAGUCUCCCCGAGUGGGCUUCCUGUCCUCACUGCUGCCUCAGAGUAAGAAGAGUCCCUCAAGGUUGUCACCUGCCCAAGGCCCCUCUCAGGUUCAGAGCUCAGCUAAGAAAGAGGCCUUCAGCGGUCAGGCCACCAAGGGAAAGGACCUGGGGCCCGGAGCCAAGGAUGGGAAGAGCCUCCUAGGCGGCUCAGCAUCGAGUGAGUCCAGCUGGGCCCAGCAGCGGCAGCGGCGUCUGCAGGAUCACGGCAAGGAGAGGAAGGAGCUGUUCUCCACCACCACCUCCUCCCAGUGUGUGGAGAAGAAGCCGGAAGCUAGUGGCCCGGAGGCCGAGUCCUGUCUGGAGCUCCACAUGGAGCCAGUGGAGCCCCUGACACGGGUGGCCGUGGUGGGCCCCGAGGGAGGAGGAGGCCGUCCGGAGCAGCCGUUCAUCGUGCUGAGCCAGGAGGAGUAUGGGGAGCACCACUCAUCCAUCAUGCACUGCAGAGUGGAUUGCUCCGGGAGGAGGGUUGCCAGCUUAGACGUGGAUGGGGUCAUCAAAGUGUGGUCCUUCAACCCUACCAUGCAGACCAAAGCGUCCUCCAUCUCCAAGUCGCCACUCCUCUCUCUGGAGUGGGCCACCAAGCGGGACAGGCUGCUCCUGCUGGGCAGUGGUGUGGGGACAGUGCGCCUUUAUGAUACAGAAGCCAAGAAGAAUCUCUGUGAGAUCAACAUCGAUGACAAUAUGCCCAGAAUCCUGUCUCUCGCGUGCAGCCCCAACGGGGCCUCUUUCGUCUGUUCGGCCGCAGCUCCGAGCCUCACUUCCCAGGCGGACUCCUCCGCCCCGGACAUCGGCAGCAAGGGCAUGAACCAGGUUCCUGGCAAGCUUCUGCUGUGGGACACGAAAACCAUGAAGCAGCAGCUGCAGUUCUCCCUGGAGCCCGAGCCCAUCGCCAUCAACUGCACGGCCUUCAAUCACAACGGGAACCUGCUGGUCACCGGUGCGGCCGAUGGCGUCAUCCGCUUGUUUGACAUGCAGCAGCACGAGUGCGCCAUGAGCUGGAGGGCCCACAGCGGGGAGGUCUACUCCGUGGAGUUCAGCUGUGACGAGAACGCCGUGUACAGCAUCGGCGAGGACGGCAAGUUCAUCCAGUGGAACAUCCACAAGAGUGGCCUGAAGGUGUCGGAGCACAGCCUCCCGGCGGACGCCACGGGCCCCUUUGUCCUGUCGGGCUACAGCGGCUACAAGCAGGUCCAGGUGCCCCGCGGCCGGCUGUUCGCCUUCGAUUCGGAGGGCAGUUACAUGCUCACGUGCUCUGCCGCCGGCGGCGUCAUCUACAAGCUAGGCGGUGAUGAGAAGGUUCUGGAAAGCUGCCUGAGCCUGGGUGGCCACCGGGCUCCCGUGGUCACCGUGGACUGGAGCACGGCCAUGGACUGUGGGACCUGCCUCACCGCCUCCAUGGACGGCAAGAUCAAGAUGACCACCCUCCUGGCCCAUAAGCUCUGACGGCUCCGCGGAGCUGCGGCAGGGCGGCUGUAUCGUCCUGGGGCCGGGAGGUCGCCCCUGUCCGGUGGGGGGGGGAGGGGCGAGUGGAACAGGAGCCUCGUGUGGCAGGUGCUUCCCAGGGACCCGCGUCAUGACUGGGGUCUUGGCAGAAGGAAAGCUCUGGAAGGGGAAGAAACAGAGAUGGCUUCUGUGUGGGCCCAGGAGAGAUCAACAGUAUUUUGUACAUAUUUUUUUUUUCCCUUUUGUAAAAAGCGAAUGCUCUGUGGUCACGUGGUACACCUUUCUAGAACUUGC